CCUCACAAUCCGGAUGUAUGCUCCUCUCCUGCUGUAAACAAGGAAGAACUAUGAAACAGCAGUAAGACAGAGCACAGCGGGAAAGCCCCACUAUGGUUCAGUGGCAGCUCUGCACUGUGGAGCACCUGAUGAAUUCAGGGUUCGGCCGUCCUUUUCCACGACAUGGCCUUCAGCUCCUGUUUUGGUUUUCCAACCACUGUGUGACCUGUGAACUCAUUAACUUUGUGGUCAUCAUGAAGCUGGUGUCUGAUUGUCAACCAGAGAAAGGUUUCUAUGGUUUCCACCUGUUUGGGAAUAUUGAAGAACUUCUGCCUGUAUUGGAGAGGCGGUCCAAGAGAAAGAAACAGGUUGCGUACUUUGAAAUUGGCAACCUGAACACAAAAACAUACCCAGGUGCUGCAAACCUCCCGACAUAUGUGACGGAAAAUUACGGGCUGGAUGGUAACCGUGGUAAUUACAAUAUAGACCGCAUCAUCAUCAGCUACCAGGUGAGAACCAGGGUGGUGGAGACCGUGUACGUCACAGAGCAUGAUGGAGAAGCCUCCUGGAGGUUCAGCCCUGACAGGACUUUUGAAAUCAGCUGUGAGCUGAUUCGAGCGCUGCAGAGCCCACAGCUAGAUCUCACCACCUUUCUCAUCCAGGUGGGCUACUAUAGUGGUAACCAGGUGAUUCAGGAUAACUAUAUAGGAGAGAGUCACAACCCAGAGCCCUCGGCCCAGCAAAUGUUCAACACUGUGCAGACCUACAGUGGAUCUACGGCAAGGACGGCGCAAAGUGGUGACUUACGAUUCUUCUCAGCAGCCUUCAACCAGCAGCUAGGUGUAAACGUAGAGCCCUUCAGCUAUGACCAGCAACGGCACUACAUCGUCAACGUACACAACUACAGCGGCUUGCAACACACUUACUGGACGCCUGAAACCAUCAAGGGAUCAGUCGCUUCUUGGAAAAGUUAUUUGUCAUCUGGGUGGGAGCAGUUUUAUGAAGGUUUUAAUAAAGGAGUUAAGAAAAGGAGCGGAGGCAGAGGCAUCAGCUUCAUCAAGAUUCUCCUCGGUGCUGGAGCGCUCUACCUUGCGGCCAAAUGUUUCAGCUGGCUGAGGAGCUGGGGGGAGGGGGACAUAAAUGAAAAAGUUGUCAAGAGGAUUCCCUGGAGGGCUCCAAGAUAUCGGCACACACAUAUCAUGCUGGAUUAUGUGUACUAGGAUUUUAGGUGUAAUGAUAGUCCUUAUAUUCUCUACAGGGAUAUAAUACCUGCUGUGAGUAAUUUGUAAUGAACCUGAAAUGAUUUGGAGUGAUGACAGUCUUUCUUGGGUGUGGACUGUCAAAAUAUAAUAUUCCAUACUGGACUUUUUAAUUCUAUUUUCCACACUGGAAAAAAAUGCAUUGUCAUUUUGAUGUAAUGAUCUUGUGAAGAUCUUAAUUUUAGAAACAUGAAACCGGUCAGUCAAGACUGUUUUAACUAAAGAUUGUGAUAAUGAAUUGAAUUACAAUUCUUUUCAGUCGUACAGACGUUAUAUUGUAAAUACUGAUAUUUCAAAUUCAUUACAUUAUUAUGAAUUGAUAAUGAUUGUUGAAAUUGUGCAGUAUUUAAAGGGCCAGUAAGUAGGAUUUAGUGGCAUCUAGUGGCGAAGUUGCAGAUUGCAACCAUUUGAAUACAGCUUAGCCUUCCGUGUGUGUAGGAGAAACUAUGGAGGUGGCGAACAAAAGACCCCAUUUAGAGCCAGUGUUUGGUUCGUCCGUUCUGGGCAACUCUAGAAACACGGCGGUUCAAUAUAGCCUUCUGUAGGUAAAAACGUCUUAUUCUAAGAUAAUGAAA